GUUAUCGAAGUAUUACGUUGAGAUUAAAAUCUUUUUGUAGAACAUUUUUCCAUGCCGAUGCAAAUACUCCCGGCAUAAAAACACAAAAUAAUGAAAUGAAGAUGAAAAGAAGAAGAUUUAGAUAAUGUACGCAAUAUAAACCUACAGUUAUGUCUGUAAUCACAGGAAGAUAUCAGGAACUCUCGCAACAUCGCUUCCAUUAUCUCGUUUUGUCUUACAGAUCACACGUUUGUUUGCUGGUCAUAAGGCUUAAUGAAGUCUAGCACAGACUAUAAAUAAAUGCUCAUGUCGACAAGGAUCAUUCUGGUGAAAAAACAGUAAACUUCACAGAUUGUAUCUUCAGUUUGCAAACCUCAGAAUGAGGACGACAACGACAGUGUUUGUGUUACUAGUCGCAGUCAGUCCAUACCUGUUUGAUGGCAAGGCUCAAGGCCAGGCUUCGCAAACUCUCGACUAUCUCAAACAGGAAGUCAGUCGGCUCUCCCAGGCGAUUCCAUAUCUAGAAAACCUCAAUAGCCUGAACAAUUGUGACUACUACAUACGUCUUCACAAACAAUGGCAAAUAAGCAGUUUUUGGAAUUGGGAAAUAAAACGCGAGAGUGAGCAGGUUAAACGUCAAGGGUCGUCCAGCUGGAAUGAUUACUACCACUACAGAAACCAAUACAACAUGUACAAGCAAAAAUACGAUAACCUCAUCCGUUCUCUCCAGCAGUGCCGCCAAGCCCUUAGCUUCUUUGGUUUAACAUUGAGUACUCCAGCUCCUGCGACUACUACUACGAAAAACCCAACGAAAGCACCAAAGACCACAGGCGUUCUUGUUGUGCCCAUAAAGACCGCAGGCGCUCCCGUUGUACCCAUAAAGACCGCAGGCGCUCCCGUUGUACCCAUAAAGACCGCAGGCGCUCCCGUUGUACCCAUAAAGACCGCAGGCGCUCCCGUUGUGCCCAUAAAGACCGCAGGCGCUCCCGUUGUGCCCAUAAAGACCGCAGGCGCCCCCAUUGUACCCAUAAAGACCACAGGCACCACCAUUGUGCCAAUAACAACCACAGGCACCCCCGUUGUACCCAUAAAGACGACAGGCGCCCCGUUUGUACACAUGGAGACCUCUGGCGCCCCCGUUGUACCCAGUGAUACCACAGGCGCCCCCGUUGUACCCAUAGAGACUACAGGAGCACCUGUUGUACCCAGUGAGACAGCAGGUGCACCUGUUGUACCCAGUGAGACCACAGGCAGCCCCGAUGUACCAAUAGAGACCUCAGGCGCCCAAGUUGUACCCAGUGAGACCACAACCGUCCGCGUUGUACCCAGUGAGACAGCAGGUGCACCUGUUGUACCCAGUGAGACAGCAGGUGCACCUGUUGUACCCAGUGAGACCACAGGCAGCCCCGAUGUACCAAUAGAGACCUCAGGCGCCCAAGUUGUACCCAGUGAGACCACAGCCGUCCGCGUUGUACCCAGUGAGACUACAGGCGGCCCCGUUAUGCCCAGUGAGACCGCAGGCGCCCCGGUUGUGCAAAUAACCACAGGCGCCCCUGUUCUGCCAAUAGAGACCACAGGCGCACCCGUUGUGCCCUUAAAGACCUUAGGCCUCCCCACUGCUCCCUUAAAGACCUUAGGCCUCCCCACUGCUCCCUUAAAGACCUUAGGCCUCCCCACUGCUCCCUUAAAGACCUUAGGCCUCCCCACUGCUCCCUUAAAGACCUUAGGCCUCCCACUGCUCCCUUAAAGACUUAGGCCUCCCCACUGCUCCCUUAAAGACCUUAGGCCUCCCCACUGCUCCCUUAAAGACCUUAGGACCCCCCACUGUGCCCUUAAAGACCGCAGGCACCCCCAUUGUACCCAGUGAGACCACAGGCGCCACCACGCCUUCUACAAACUGCAGGAAAAGAGGCGGACCGUGUAUACCAAAAUAAAUUCCUUGCCUUACCAGAAAUAUGUACCGAUACCGACGUAUGCAAUUACCAAAAACAGAGGGCUACGAAUACAAACUGCGCUGUAUUGAGAAACACCUGGAGACAGUCAAGCAAUUCUUGUUGUCAACCUUAAAAUAAUCUUGUGAGUGGCGCACGUGUAAAGCAUGAUAGAAUGCACACGUACGCACAUACCGCUGAUUGACAUUAUUUGGGGAAAAUUAGGUUCAAUUAAAAAAUAAAGUCCGGCAUUGUCUGAUUGUCCGUUGUCUUAACUCAUCUUUUAGUGAUGACGUGGCGGAGAUGAUGACACAGAGGAUGCCAAUAAUUUGAAGUGAAAUCACGGAAACAAGAGAGGACUGAUAUGUUCAGGGUCAUGAACUGAACGACCUGUUUAUUUCUUGGAACGAAAUAUUUCUCUUUUCUGUCAGUGAGGUAAAGAAGCAUGCUCUGAACGUUUUUAAAAUUUAAAACCUGCUCAACACAUAUUCCAAUAUUUCAAACUGACUCUGUACUGUCACUGUUCAUUUUGCUGUACUGUCCAGUGCUUGUUUCUUGAUAAUUAUACUUAUGUUAACAUGAUGCUGUUAUGCUGACAUAAUAAAAAAGUGCAGUU